AUGAAUGUGUUGGUGAUUGGAAGUGGUGGAAGAGAACAUGCGUUGGCUUGGAAAUUGGAACAAUCUUCGUUAAUUAAAAAAGUGAUUGUGGCUCCAGGAAAUGGAGCAAGUGGGAGAAUAGGUAUGAGAAAAUUCAAAAAAAUUUUAAUUCAAUGUCAUUUAGACUUGAAUCCAAACAAUGUCAAAGAAGUCUCCGAUUUUUGCGUCGGUAACCACAUACAUUGUGUCUUGAUCGGUCCUGAAGAACCAUUGUCAAAUGGUUUGGCAGAUCAUCUGAUCAAAACACAUCCGGAUCUUAUUGUAUUCGGCCCGACAAAAGAUGGCGCUCAACUUGAGACAUCCAAAUCAUUCUCAAAGCAGUUCAUGAAAGAAUACGGUUUGCCUACGGCGGAUUUUGUGACUGUGUCCGCCGACAAUGUCAAGAGCCUUGACAGUGUUUUCGAGAGAGUUCCUUGGAAGAAGUCUGUAGUAAAGGCGGAUGGGCUGGCUGCAGGAAAAGGUGUGAUUAUUCCAAAGGAUAAUGAGGAAGCGAAAAAUGCGGCUAGGUCUAUCCUUGAAGGAGAAUUCGGUAGCGCUGGACAUACGGUCAUUAUUGAAGAACGGUUGGAGGGAUAUGAAGUCUCCGCUCUUGCAUUUGUAGAUGGUAUCAGUUUCAAGAAAAUGCCUCUUGGCAAAGAUCAUAAGCGCCUUCUUGAAUUGGACUUUGGCCCAAAUACAGGUGGAAUGGGAGUUGUUGCACCUGUCGAAAUUCCAUCUGAAGUCAAUUGUCAAAUCGAUGAAAUCUUCGAAAAAACAUUAAAAGGACUGGCAAACAGGAAAAUAAAAUACUGUGGUGUGCUUUAUGCUGGAUUCAUGAUUGUAAACAAGAAACCUUAUCUUUUGGAAUUCAAUUGCCGAUUUGGUGAUCCAGAAACUCAAGUACUCAUGCGCCUCCUUGAAUCUGAUUUGUUUGAAAUUAUAAGAUCAUGUGUGCAGCAAACUUUAUCCAAAUGCGAGAUUCAAUGGUCAACAAAAUCUGCGUGUGGGGUCGUUUUGGCAUCAGGAAAUUAUCCGAAAUCUGGUGAUAAGGGUUCUCCAAUAAGAAACGUACCUCCACCUAAUGAUACUAAUGUUGUUUUUCACGCGGGCACAUCUGUAAUAAACAAUCAAAUUGUUACCAAUGGAGGAAGAAUAUUAUGUGUCACUUCGAUCGGAAAAACUUCACAGGACGCGAGAGAACAAGCAAAUAAAGUAGCAUCUGAAAUAGAAUUCAGUGGGAAACAGUUCAGAAAAGAUAUUGGAAAACCAUUGGAUACUGUGGCACCAUCGCUAUCAUAUGGGGCCAGUGGUGUUAAUAUUGACGAAGGAAAUCAGUUUGUGGAAGAUAUCAAGUCUCUCGUCAAGAAAACUUUACUACCUGGAGCUAAUCAGGUAAGCUUGAAAUUUUCGAAAAAUUAUAGUCUUGCUUGCUCGCAGAUCGGAGGAUUUGGUGCUGUUCUAGAUUUGAAAACUGCUGGAUUCAAAAACGACUGUCAAUUGGUUGUUGGUAUUGAUGGUGUUGGCACCAAAAUCGAAGUAGCCACCCAUUGCAAAAACUUCUCUGGCGUUGGAUAUGACGUUGUUGCAAUGUGUGUGAAUGAUGUUAUUUGCCACUGUGCAAAACCAAUCGCUUUCUUGGAUUAUUUCGUUUGUGGAAAGUUGGACAGAUCCAUGGCCACUCAAGUACUUGCUUCGAUUUCUGACGCUUGUGUAGAGGCUGAAUGUUCUUUGAUUGGUAAACUGUUGAACUAUGGAAAAAAGGACGCACGAUUUUCUAUUAAACUUUUUGCAGGAGGUGAGACCGCCGAAAUGCCCGGUGUCUACAGUACACAUCAGUGGGAUUUAGCAGGAUGCGCAAUCGCCGCCAGAGAAUCCACUUGGCCAAUGCUUCCUCUGUUGACGAGUAUUCAAGAAGGUGAUGUCAUCAUUGGAUUACCAUCAUCCGGUUUACACUCGAACGGAUUCUCAUUGGCUCGGAAGGUUCUUACAGCCAAUGGGGUUGAGUAUAGUGUCAAGCUACCUUGGGAUGAAACAAAAACGUUUGGAGAUGAGCUUCUGACAGGAACCAAAUUGUACGUGAAAACGGUAUUGCCUCUGUUAACUGAUGGACUUGUCAAAGGAUGCGCUCAUAUCACAGGAGGCGGGCUUACAGAGAAUGCAAUUCGUGUUUUAGAUGAAAACUCAAAAGUUCAACUGGUGAUUGAUUGUGCCAAAUGGAAACCAAAAGAAAUAUUCAACUGGCUUGCAUCUGCAGGUCCAGUUGAGACCAAAGAAAUGAUUCGCACCUUCAAUUGUGGGAUUGGAAUGAUACUUAUUGUUGCAAAGGGAAAUUUGAACACAAUAAAAUCCAGAAUUGAUUCCGAAUUUUUCGAAAUUGGCCACGUCGAAAAAUCAACCGAUGGAGAAAAGAUAAAAUUUCUAAAUGAAGGUCAAUUAUUCGAUCAUUACAAGUAUCAGACCAAUCGGAAACGUGUGAAAGUGGCUAUUCUGAUUUCUGGAACAGGAACUAAUAUGCAAAAACUCAUUGAAAGAUCUAGAGCUCCUGAUAGCAACUGCGAAGUUGUCGUAGUUGUAUCAAACAAAGAAACGGCAGGAGGCUUGAAAAUUGCAUCUUCCUAUGGAAUACCAGCAAAAUGUGUUCCUCAUACCGCUGACCGAGUUACAGGAGAGACUGUAAUGGUACAGGUUCUGAAAGACUAUGGUACAGAAUUAGUGUGUAUGGGUGGAUAUAUGAGAAUUAUAAGCCCAUACUUUAUUGCACAAUUCCCAUCAAGAAUCAUAAAUAUACAUCCAUCAUUGCUUCCAUCCUUUAAAGGUUCACAUGCAUUACAAGACGCUCUGGACUUUGGAGCAAAAGUUGUCGGAUGCACUGCGCAUUUUGUUGACGAAUUGGUGGAUCACGGAGAUAUAAUCGCACAACGGCCUGUCAUGGUGGAGGACGGCGACACCAUCGAAACAAUCCGGCAGAAGAUACAAGUUCAGGAACAUGAGAUGUUCCCGAAUGCAAUGAUGGCGGUUGCAAAGAAGAUAUUGGCGGAAUAG